GCCGCUGUUCACUCUCCUGGUGCUGAUCCGCGCACAGGCCUCUCGUGGCCAAGGAGCGCACCGGGGUCCCGGAAGAGAGGCGCGGGGAGCGGGGAAACCUCCGGAAAAGACGAGGAGCGCUGCCACGUCGCGCCCGCUAUGACUCCUGUGGUUGACGUUCCCGCCAGCGACCGCGCGCCCGCGGCCUUGGGGGCGCAGCCGGGCUCCCGGGAGGCCGCGCUUUGAGUCUCCAGGGCCUCCUCCAGCCGCUGCCGUCCCAGAGAAACACUGGGCCCGCGGUUGCCUGCCGGCCUCACGCUCUACGGCCCACCUCGGCUGACGUCCUCUGCCGCCGGCCGCCAUGGCCUUCGACGCCCCAGAGAGCGCGGGCUCUGAGCUCAGGCAGCCGCCGCGGCACCCCGCGCUGCGCGGGCUGCUGCUGCUCUGCCUGUGGCUGCCGAGUGGUAGCACGGCCGGGCCGCCCCCAGCGCCGCUCUCCGAGCUGCACGCGCAGCUCUCCGGGGUGCAGCAGCUCCUGGAGGACUUCCGCCGGCAGCUGCAGCAGGAGCGGCCGCAGGAGGAGCUAGAGCUGGAGCUGCGCGCUGCUGGCCGCCCACCGCAGAGCUGUCCCGGGCCGGGCGGCGGCAGCUACAGCGUCAUGUCGGACGCCAUCAUCCGCAUCAAGGACUCCGUCGCGGCGGGCGCCAGCUUUCUGAGGGCGCCCUCGGCAGUGCGGGACUGGCAGCAGUGCUUGGCGGCUUGCUGCUCUGAGCCGCGCUGCUCCGUGGCGGUGGUGGAGCUGCCCCGUCGGCCCGGGUCCCCGGCCCCCGCGCUCGGAUGUUACCUCUUCAACUGCACCGCGAGGGGCCGCAGCGUCUGCAGGUUCGCUCUGCACCGGGGCUACAGUAGCUACAGCCUCAGCCGCGCCCUGGAAGGGCAGCAAGACCUGGAAGCUGGCGUCCCGGCCACCGCCCAGGCCUCGCCUCGACUGGAAAAGGAUGAGCCUCCCCUCAGCAAGGCCGGGCGGGACGUGGUUCUGCGUCUGCCCGCAGACGAGGUGACUUUGGAUGGCCGUGAGAGCACAGAUGACCAUGCCAUCGUCCGGUAUGAGUGGGCACUGCUGCAGGGUGACCCCUCGGUGGACAUGAAGGUACCCGAGUCGGGAACCCUGAAGCUGUCCCACUUGCGGGAAGGAGCGUACACCUUUCAGCUCACUGUGACGGACAGCGCCGCGCAGAGGAGCUCCGACAACGUCUCGGUGACCGUGCUGCCCCUGGCCUCGUCCCCGGGAGGGUGCUCGAAGGUUUGCUCGCGCUACCACUUCUUCUGUGACGACGGCUGUUGCAUCGACAUCACACUGGCCUGCGAUGGAGUGGAGCAGUGUCCGGAUGGGUCUGACGAAGCUUUCUGUCACAGCCUGAGCCUGGAGCAGAAGGCCGAGACUCACAUAGCGACUUCCCAGCCUAGAACCACAGGACCAAGCAAGGAUGCAGCAGCCGGCUUCUUGCUGGAGAAGUCUCAGAAAGCCACGGCCCCAAACAGGCCACCUGCAUCAUCAGACACGGGGAAGAGGGAUCGUUCCACCUUUCGGGGACCAAAGAUUCAAACGGACCCUGUGAUGCCAGAUAGCGGUUCCUCAGGGAAGAGCAGAAAAGAGGCAAAUAACAUAUUUGAGUCGAAGAGCAACCGAGGAGGAGCGGAACACCCAGCCCCAGAAAUAGGUGCAGUGCUGCCCCUGACCCUGGGUUUGGCCAUCACUGUGUUGCUGCUUCUCAUGGUCGCUUGCCGCCUGCGCCUGGUGAAACAGAAACUUAAAAAAGCCCGGCCCAUUACAUCUGAGGAAUCUGACUACCUCAUCAAUGGGAUGUAUCUCUGAUGAGUAUGGCUUCAGUAGCUGGGACAGGGACAUGUUUCACUUACAAUUGAUAUAUAUUAUAUAUUGGGUUUUGGAUAUUUAGAACUUGUUUUUAACCGGGCUGAGGAAGGCACAGAAAACCCAGAAGAUUCUACAAGCCCCAAACCUAUGCUCUUAUUUAUUGUAGAAAGAUUUUCCUUGGGAAGUAUGUGAACUAUUUAAAUUUAGAGUCGUCCAUGUGAUUAAAGAUUUUUACAAAUCGAAUUCUGAUUUACAUAAGCUGUUUUGGAAAACAGCAAUUUGUAGUUAGCCGUGGCAGAAAAUUUAGUAUCUCAAGGGGUGGCCUUAGGAUAGCAAUGUUAAUACUCUUUACUUGUUAGAAGCCAGCCGUGGGCCCCUGGCCACCCCGUACCCCCUUGUGCCCGGCUCCCCCGUGUUCUGUGGCCCUCCCAGUCCUCACUUCAAGCUUCCGUAGCUCUCCCUUCUCUUCUCCCCUGCAAAACCUGUUUCUGAGAAUGAUUCUCCAGUGAGUUUAUACCUUCCAUGAGAUGUUACCUCACAGGUCAGUGAUGACUCUCGGAAGGUGAGCGAACGUGCAUGCUUCCCAACACCUCUGACACGCUGUGUGAGUGGCUGGCUGCCUCACUAGGCUGACCUUUGGGAGAAAAAGCUCAGACUGAAUUAUAAAUAGCUCUAACAUGGUCAUGAAGUGAUACGGGAAAUCAAGGUGGAAGCAGAGAGGCUGGCAGGUCAAUAAUUUUAACAGAACCUUAGCUGAAGGCAGAGUGAGCAAAGACUAUUAGUACUUUCUUGAACCCACUCCACACUGCUUGAUGGCCCAGAACACAGCAGCUCAUUCUCACGGGCACCAGUUUUCAACAGUAGUCUGUGCUGCUGGGAGAGGAAGAUGCGUUUAAAUUGAAAAGCAGGACACUGAGUGGAUUUCAUUGAGUGGAUUGCUUUUGUAAAAAUGCUGCAUGUGUACGUAUCAGCAGGUUCUUUCAUCCAGUGGAAUCAACUGUUUUUCCCAUUAUUUACAUAAUGCUACAAAAUAUUAUAACGUGCAAUCGGCUAAUGCCAGGCUUAUAUAUUCUCAGAGCAUAAAGCAGUUUUGCACAAAUUCGUCUUUACAGAAAACUGGCAUCUAGCUGAGUAUCUGUUUCUUUUAAUUUGUAGGAUUUUAAAGGCAAAUUAUUUCCAUAAUCACCUAAUACCAGAAUGAUACAUUUUCUAGAAACUCUUCUUCUGAAUGGACGAUACAAAGCGGUGUGUUGUCUGUAGCCACAUGCUGUCCUAUUUACAUAAUAUGGGGUUGGUUCGCUUGCCCUUAAGUGGCAAAUCUGGUAAAAUUCUUGAAAAUACUCUAGGAGACAUUAUUUUCAGACUGAACCUCAGAUCAGUUGUUCCUUUAGCAGAAAGAUUAAUUUGGGUUGGAGAUAUAACCAAAUACAUUAACAAAUAGAAAAUUCUAGAAAAACAGAGAAAUUAUUUUUAUCUCCUAAAAAAUUCAAGCAUUUUGUUGAAAGUCUAGAAUUGAGCAAAGAUUCAAAUUUCUCCUCAAGGGCAGUUAGAGAAGUGGCGGUGCCAGUGGACUCCGGAUGUCUGUCCUUCCUGUGUGAGCCCUGCCCUUAGUCUUCGACAGCCGUGCCCAGUAAAACAGAAACUGUUGAGGUGUGUCUUUCAGCACAUCUUUUAUAAUGAAGAAAUUGAACACAAUUUAGUAUUGCUACCAUGUUGAAAUACUUCAGAUGUCCCAUGUACAACAGUCCAAAUAAACUGUAUUUUAUUCGUAA